AUGACCUUUGGAAUCAAUUGUUUCUCUUCGGUAUAUCUUUUGCAAAUACAUCUUUGGCUCUUUGGGGAGGAAACAAGGUUUUGCUUCAGCCUCUUUGGGACAAACACCACCAUCUCGUCCGUGUACAACCACGUCUUCCUGGUCCUCCCGGCGUCGGUGGAUCAGUGGGCGUGGAGGCCGCCCGUGGAGCUGCCCGACCAGGCUCCGUCCUCACCAGAGCUGAUAUCUGGAGUCUUGGGCAACCUGCUGCUCUUUGACCUUCAGUACUACGUCUGGCAUCUCGUCCAUCACAAAAUCCCCUGGCUGUAUGUCACUUUCCAUGCCAUCCAUCAUAAUCAAUGCCUGGGCGGGUGGGAGCUGGUCAUUGUUGGCUUCUGGACGACCCUGAACCUGCUCUUGAGAUGCCACCUGCUGACCACCUGGACCUUUAUGGUGUUGGCACGUCUACGUCUCUAUAUACAUCUGAUACCCUUCAGCCUGUACGGAGGCCCCAGCAAAAACGACAUCCACCAUCAGAAGCCCAACACCAACUUUACUCCACACAAUCCCCCAAAACAGCAACACACAGCAAAUAAAUGUUAAAGGGCAACAAGAACAUGCAAAUACAUUCAUUAUUUAAUGUUACAGUAAAAGGUUAAAACAACAGUGACAGCCUCAUUUGUUGUGGGGAAAAUUGAAAACUGAAUAAAUCCUAGGCUGGAGCUUGAUGUUAUAGAAAUGACAAAUAUGUGUAUUAUGUUUGUCUCUUACUACUUACACUUAGUCACAAUAACUCAUUUGUUUAAUUGAGAUGCCAAUGGACUUAAAACACCUAAUUGGUAAAGACAAAUGGAAGGAAUGAAACUUCUUGACGAAGUGUCAAACUGGGUGCUAAAAUAUGCUGAGACAAAAGGAAAAUGUUUCUUGGUCACUGAGUAAAAUCCAGAUGAAAUCUUCUAUCGCUGAAUCAUUUUCUUUCAAGCAAAGCCGCACAUAUUUGCAUGAACUUGACAAUUCAAUUUUAACAUGGCAAACAUAGACAACAUAAAUUCCAAUUUCAAGAAGUGCCCAAUUAAUAUGCAAAUCAUAAUAGCAAAUACUCCCUCCUCUGCUGAGGAUAUCCUCG